UUCGCCGUGGUUUCGGUUGAGAAUUCUUGGCAACGUCUCGCUUGGUGAACAGGCAGCAGACCGUCGGGCAACGGCUGUUUCCACAAUGUCUGGAGGAUUAUUUUAACGGAGCUGGAAGUGAGCGGAAACCCUGGAGCAGCGAAAGAGUGAAAAACCGGGCCGCCUCUGCCUGCACAGUGACGUCAGACGUCACCACAAGCUUCGCCUGCACAGCUGAGGGCAAAAAAGAUCUGCAUCAGACAUCAUCCAAGAAGAAGAAGAAGAGGAGGAGGACGGCCUGGUUCCAGAUUGGAUGGACCAGUGAAGUCUUUCCCACCCUCCCUGUUAAAAGCAAUGUUUUUGGGAGCUGGAGGUCGUAACAGCACCUUCCCCAGCACCCCUCCCAAUAUGGGAUGCCAGCCCCCUGCCCCCCUGCCCUGAGCUCUCUUGGGGUGUCAUGAAUAGCUACAGAGACAGAGGGGUAACUUGCACCUCCUCAGACCUUCUCGAUGGAGGCGGAGGAGGGUUGCCCCAGCACACUCCAUUUCGUCACACCCCUAAUGGGCACCCGGCGCUAAGUCCCUCUGACCCGGUCGUCCAACCACGCAUCUCUGUGCCCAAAAUGGGUGUCCGUGCACGGAUCGCAGAAUGGCCUCCACGCCGUGCUCAGUCCCGGGAGUCGCUGCUUGAGAAUGGGCAGAUUGGCGGCAAUCACUACGGCGAUGACGGUUCAGUUUUAUCAGUUUUGUCUGACUUCAGGCUGGUGCGGGGAGGAGUCGCCAGGUUGCCCCGGCGGAGGUCCAAGGAUGUAGGAGAGUUUGGCGGUGAGAGAAGUUCUCCUUUCAGCCUCAGAGUGUUCCCACCUUUGAGAAAGCGCUCCAACAGUGAAGUGACGCUGAGCGAACAAGAUGAAAAUGAGGUGGAGGCUCGAGGAGAUGGCGGAUUGGGGAACCGGUUCAGGGAAUACGGUAGCACCUCCUCCAUUGACAUCCAAGGCAUCCCUGACCAGAGCUUCUUUGAUAUGAUCAGCCAGUUCCGCCAGGAGAGGCCUGACCAGCGCAGCUCUGCACCCAUACAACUGGGCGAGCUGCUGCGUGCUCCAGACUCGCCACCUGGACCUCUCCCCUCAGCGCCCUCACCUGGUCCCACAGGUGUGGAAGACAGAGAGACAGGAAGGAAAGACGGCACUGAGAGAGUGAGAAAGAAAAGUGGAGGGACAGAGUCGUCGCUGGGCACCUCCUCUUUGUUUCGGAAACUUCGGAGCUCCAAUAGAGGGGAGCUGGAUGGAGGGAAAGGAGAGACUGUUGAGGACAGGGGAACACGAGCUGCCAUCAAUUCCUCCUAUAAAUCGUGGGUGUGUCCAAAAAGCUUUGUCCACUUUGACGCUCAGAGCAUCCUGUUUGACCUCCACGAGGCAGCGGCUCAGCGUGGCUUUGUCACGCAGAGGAGAAACACGGCCACGGGAGCAUCAGCAGCCUCAGUAUCUCUCUCGGUCUCCAGAUCCUCAGCGAGUGUAAACGACCCCAUUUACUCCAGCAUCGAGGAUUUGACUCUGAGCCUCGACCAGGGCUCCACCACACCCUCACUGGGCGUGGACCCUCUAGAUUGCGCUGGAGCCCAGAGCUCCAGUCCACUUCUUCUCUCCUGCCCACACUUCCUCAAUGAAACCGGAGGCCACGGAGAGCGCAACAUCAGCUUCCUCAGCUCGUCAUUAGAACGAGGAGGAGAUGGAGGAGGAGGGGACGGGGGGAGGGGAUGGCUGAGGAAGAGUAACGCCAGCGUGUCAGUGGUGGAGGUGGCCACUGAAGAGCAGGCUACAAGACUGGAAAGACUGAAACUGUACAGCAUAGAGCAUGUAGACCUGGGAGCUAGGUACUACAGAGACUACUUCCAUGGAAAAGAGCACUCAAACUACUUUGGGACAGACGAUAAGCUGGGCCCUGUGGCCUUGAGCAUCCGCAGAGAGAAACUGGAAGACACCAAAGACCUGAAAGACCAGUACCAGUACCGACUCAUCGUCAGGACGAGCGAGCUGGUGACGCUGCGCGGCUCCAUUUUAGAAGAUGCAGUGGCGUCUACGGGGAAGCAUGGCACCGUUCGGGGUCUGCCACUCAAAGAGGUCCUGGAACAGGUCGUCCCCGAACUCAACGUGUCCUGUUUGAGACUGUCGCUCAGCACCGCCAAAGUCACAGAGCAGCUCCUUAAACUGGAUGAACAGGGGUUAAGUCAGAAGCACAAGGUGGGUGUUCUGCUGUGCCGUGCAGGGCAGAGCACAGAGGAGGAGAUGUACAACAACGAGGAGGCAUCGCCCGCCUUCUCUGCCUUCCUGGAGCUGCUCGGGGAGCAGGUGCUUCUCAAAGGAUUCACCAAAUACGCUGCACAACUCGACACCAAGACGGACUCUACGGGCACCCACUCCCUGUACACCACCUACCAGGGCUAUGAGAUAAUGUUCCACGUGUCCACCAUGCUGCCAUACAUGCCCAGCAACCCACAGCAGCUCCUGAGAAAGAGGCACAUAGGGAACGAUAUUGUCACCAUCAUCUUUCAAGAGCCUGGAGCGCUGCCCUUCACCCCGCAAAAUAUUCGUUCACACUUCCAGCACGUUUUUGUUAUUGUUCGUGUUCACAACCCCUGCUCUGAAAACACCUAUUACAGUGUUGCCGUGACGCGAAUGAAGGAUGUGCCCCCCUUUGGACCACCCAUCCCCAGCGGCGUCACCUUCCGGGACCCAGAGACGUUUCGUAACUUCCUUCUCGCCAAAGUCAUCAAUGCAGAAAACGCAGCACAUAAGUCUGAGAAGUUCCACACCAUGGCGACUCGAACACGGCAGGAGUACCUGCGCGACCUGGCCGAGAACUAUGUCAGCAGCACGCCGCUGGAUUCGGCCGGCAAAUUAAACAACCUCAUCUCCCUCGCAUCUAAGAAACGGGAGCGCACGAAGGCGAGAGAGGGAGCGGAGCUGGGUGCUGCCGGGGCGGUCGCCUGGAGAGUCCAGGCCCAGGACUUUAGCGGAGGCGGGGGAGCAGAACUCCCCUGUGCCUUGGGUGUGUCGGCUGAAUACAUCGUCCUCAUAGACUGCUCCACCAAAGAGGUGGUGUUCAACUGUUUCUGUGCAGACGUGAUCGGCUGGACGCCGGAGCGGCUGGCACUGAAGAUCUUCUACGGCAGAGGAGAUCACAUUGCAGUUCGAGUGCCAGAGGGAGGUGCACAGGACAUCAGGGAGAUGGUGCAGAGGUUAAAGUUGUUGACGGUGGGAUGUGAAACUGUGGAUAUGACACUAAGAAGAAAUGGACUGGGACAGCUGGGCUUCCACGUUCGCUUGGAUGGCACCGUAGCUGAGGUGGAGGAGUACGGCUUCGCCUGGCAGGCAGGCCUGAGGCAGGGUAGCCGGUUAGUGGAGAUCUGCAAGGUGGCCGCAGUGACGCUGACGCACGAGCAGAUGAUUGACCUGCUGAGGACAUCGGUCACAGUCAAAGUUGUCAUCAUUCCUCCAUACGAAGAAGGCGGGCCUCGCAGGGGCUGCACCGAGGAGUACGAGAUGAAGACCAUGGAGCAGAAACCAGAACCUGAGCCUCUAGCAGCAGGAUACCGACCCUCUCCCCGCCAGACCUGGCGAUGGGAGAACUCACCUGUUCCUCAAGUGCUCCACCCCACUAGCAUGCAGCGCUGGGCCCCCAUCGGCCCCCCACCUCCUCCACUAGUACGCUCACACAAGCCCCUGAUGCCAGUUCCCUACAGAGAGCCUCAGCACCUCAGCUCCAAGAGCGAUGAGGUGCCCAACGAUCUGUCCGGUCGGCUCUACCACCUGGAAGUGAUGCUGAAGCAGCUGAACAAUGACCUGGAGAAAGAGAAGCAAGAUAAGGUCGUCUUACUCGCUGAGAUGGCCAACCUGAGAGAGAACAACCAGCGGCUGCAGGUGGAGAGCCAGACCGCCAGCGAGCAGCUGCGCAAGUUCAGCGUGCUUCUGACCAAUCUCAACAAGCCGGGCAGCGACCACGAGGCUCACUCCUUAGCCGAUUCACAGAGGGAGUGACCGACAGCCAAGGAAGAGAGUGAGGUUCAGGCCAGAGGGAGGGGCUUUCAGUUCCCAUGAUUCCUUGCACUCACAGGGGCGGCAGAUGUCACACUCAGCUUCCACUGGGCUGCCUUAAACCAGAGAGAAAAAGAAGAUCUGGAUUUUUUUAAACCCUUCCAGUAGAGAACCUCACUUUCUACACGCUCCCUGCUCUGAGCCUGUUUAUUUUUCUAACUGAUGUCUGGAUAUUUGUCACAUGGUGUAAAUACAUCUGCUACUAUGCCGGAGGAGCGAGCAGGAGUGGAGAUCCUGACUGUUUUAGAGAACACUACAUCACCUGGAGAGGCCUAAUACUGUUCCUGCAGCCAAUCAGCCAAAAUAAAUAAAUAAAUAAGACUGCA